UUUUAUAAAAUAAAUAUCUGGACAUUAUGGUUUUCUUACCUAUUUCCUCUAUUUAUCGUUCAUGUUAGUCAGAAUGCUAGAUCCAUUAUACCCGUGCACUAAGGAUUUGUAAAACUGAUUGUUUAAUUUUAUUUUUAUUCAAGUUGCACUUCAUAAUUUUUGCCUAACCUCAUCAAGAAAAUGCGAGUCUAAUAGUCGUAAACAUGAGAGUUCCUAGAGGUAAGGCUCUGAAAGAGAGGACAUACAAGCGGAUGGUGAAACAAUUUGGUGUUUAUGAGAAAGUGUUGCCGGUAGAAACAACACCAAGUAGAAUAGUGCCAUUGCACAUUGAGAGGCCAAGCUACAUAAUUGGAAAGGAAACAUUACAAGUGCCUACUGAACCUGAAAUAAAAGAUGCUAAUCAGAUAAGUGGAAUGAGGAGGAGCUGCAAACUAGCAGCAAGUAUAUUGAAAGAGCUGCAUAAGUUUAUACAGCCAGGUAUAUCUACUGAUGAAAUUGAUAAGUUUGCUCACAAUCUAUGUAUAGAAGCUGGGGCUUAUCCAUCUCCAUUGCAGUACCUUGGCUUCCCUAAAAGUGUGUGUACAUCAGUCAAUAAUGUAAUUGUCCAUGGAAUUCCUGAUUUGAGGCUAUUGAAAAACGGAGAUAUUGUCAAUGUUGAUGUUACGGUAUUCUUCAAGGGUUUCCAUGGUGAUUGUUCAAAAACUUUCCUAGUUGGUGAUGUGGAUGAUAAAGGUUUAGAACUGGUAUCUGUAACUGAGGAAUGUUUGGACAUUGGAACAAAAACUUGCGGACCGGGUGUGCCAUUCGCUGAAAUCGGAAGUGCGAUAUUUAAACAUGCAAAACGUUAUGGUUUGACGGUAAUCCCAUCAGUCUUAGGACAUGGAAUAGGAGAGUAUUUCCAUGGACCCCCUGAGGUUUAUCAUACACUAACCGAUUCCGAUGGUAAGAUGCAGGCUGGCAUGACAUUCACCAUUGAGCCUGCUCUCACCCACGGCAGCGAGUAUUCAGUCAUGCUCGAAGACGAUUGGACGCUGGUGACGGAAGAUGGCGCGAGGUGUGCUCAAGCUGAACAUACUGUUCUAGUCACAGAAAAUGGCUGCGAUAUACUGACACGUUUUUGAUGUUUUUUUUUUUAUUUCUUUUUUAGGGUUUUAUUUAUUAGACAUUUUAUUGAUGUGAUAUUAGUCAUAGUUGUUGAAUAUUAGAACAAAUUGAGAUAGUACAAUUAUUUUAUAUAGUAUCAAAGGUACCUAAUAAUAAUGUCGUAAAUUAUAAAUUUAAUUAAAAUGAUCGAAUUUCUGACUUACGAAUUAUGUUACAUAAUACCGUACCGUACCGGUGUCGCAACUAGACAUGUAUGUUGUACCUGUUACCUUAAAUUAUUAAAUAAAAUGCAAUAUAGCGUG